UACAGUACACGAACGCGUUCAACCCUAAAUUAAUGAUUUUUUGUAGUAUACAAGCAGUAUGCUCAACCAGUUUACGAUAUGGAUAGUAAUGGAAAUGGUAAAAGAGGCAUGCCCAAACUUAGGGACAUCAUUAGAAGACAGAGACAAGAUUCCGAUGUAAGUCCUUCUUUGAAAAUCAGUAUUUCCUCGCGUAAUGAUGGCGCAAACAGCUUCGGUGCAUUGAAAAGGGCGAUAUUCAAAAGUUGUUUACCACUGUACAAGUUCGAAAGAUGGAUGACAACAUCAAAUUGGACCUCACUGAGAGGUUCUUGGAUUUAAAUGGAGGUGGAACAGACUCGCCUGAUCUCGACUUUAUAUACGAUGACACGGAUACAGCAGCAAACGAAAUUGCUGAACUUUAUAGUUACACAGAACAACCGGAAUUUCAGCUGAAUGUGAGAGCAUUUGAAGAUCAAAUGGAACAGUAUAACUUGCCUCCUUGUUGGCAGAAACUUGCAGCUGAAAAUCAGAAAUCUGUUGUGAUGAAAUUACUUGAUCAGUUAGAAAUUAGUAAUAAAGUGCUUCGAAUGAGAGCCGCGAGGUGUAUUUUAUAUAUUUGUCAGGGAUGUUGGGUUGAAGUUCAAUCUGAUGCUGAACAGCAAGAGUGGGCUCAUAGAAAUUCUUUACUUUUGUAUGAACUUGGCGUUUUUACAGCUUUUACUGAUUUAUUAAACAUUGAAAUCGAAAAUAGCGCAGCAGCUCAUGUUGCAAUGCGUAAAUUAGCAGUAUCAUUAGCUGAUAGUCAAGAUUUACGCGUAAUUCUUUCGGUUUUAUACACAAUAACCGAAGCAAUAAGAAAUGAGAAUCUUUCUGAUAGCACAGAACAUAAAGCAAAGGUUGAUUCAUUCACCAACGAAAUUGUAAAUACAACCGGCGAUGAUUUACUUGUAAUAAAAUUAUUGAGUAUGGUAACAAGAUUUUGCAGCGGAGCCGCCCCCCAUUUUCCAAUGAAAAAGGUUCUUUUAUUGCUGUGGAAAUUAAUUUUAGUAUCAUUAGGAGGAAUGGAAGAGUUACGAUUAAUGAAAGCGGCGAAACGCGAAAAAAUCGGACUCCCACCUUUAGACGAAGACACCAUGGAAAUAGCUAAAAAUAUGAGAGCUUCAUCUCCACCGGCGAGCGCUACAGAUUUAUUAGAAAUGCAAAAUCAAAAAAGAAAUGUUAGAAUGUUUCGAAAAGGGUUAACCAAGCAAAGUUCCUUAGACGAUCACGACCCAUUAAUGCUUGUAUUAGAAACUGGUAGUAUUGGAAUUGGGGAAGAAAUAAUGAAAGAACUCUCCGAAUGCGAAGAAAGACGACCCGUCGAUAAUACCGAUAGACAAAUGUAUGGCGAGUAUCAAAGACCCAUGACACCUCCCGUUCAACUUCCAGCAUCACGUGGUUUACCAUGGAAACCUAAAGUACGACAACGUGAUAUAGACGUAUUUUUAAAAAGUGCAAGAAUGAAAUUUAUCGGUUAUGUCCUUCAAGAUGAUCGUGACAGCUUAGCAGGAUUACCUCAACCUAUUCACGAAGGAGUACGCACAUUAAAAGAGCAUAUGUACACAUCCUUAGCUGAUUUACAAAUACAAAAAGAAGAGGAAAUAGCUAGAAAUCCAUUAUCGUGUAAAGAAGAAGAAAUUGAAAUGACUCCAACCGAAGUUUUAUAUCAAGCUAUGCUACCUAAUUUACCACAAUACAUGAUCGCCUUGUUAAAAAUUCUUCUCGCAGCCGCACCUACCUCAAAAGCUAAAACAGAUUCUAUAAAUAUUAUGUCGGAUGUUUUACCAGAUGAAAUGCCGAUGACUGUUGUUCAAUCAAUGAAACUUGGUUUAGAUGUAAAUAGACACAAAGAAAUAAUAGUAAAAGCCGUCUCAGCGAUUCUUCUUUUACUUUUAAAACACUUCAAAUUGAACCAUGUGUGUCAAUUUGAUUUUAUGUCUCAACAUUUAGUUUUCGCAAACUGUAUACCGCUAGUGCUCAAAUUUUUUAAUCAAAACGUAAUGAGUUUUGUUUCAGCGAUAAAUAUGAUUCCAAUACUCGAUUUCCCAGCAUGUGUAAUUGGUGAUCAACCUGAACUCACUGCCGAAAGUUUAGAAAUAGGUUACGCGGCGCCAUAUUCAUGGAGAAAUAUAUACUCAUGUAUUAAUUUGUUAAGAAUUUUAAAUAAAUUAACUAAAUGGAAACACUCUAGGAUAAUGAUGCUUGUUGUUUUCAAAUCCGCCCCGAUUUUAAAACGUACAUUAAAAGUACGACAUGCAAUGACGCAAUUGUACGUUUUAAAAUUGCUUAAAAUGCAAACGAAAUAUUUGGGACGACAGUGGAGAAAAUCGAAUAUGAAAACAAUUAGUGCUAUUUAUGCUAAAGUCAGGCAUCAUCUCAACGAUGAUUGGGCGUUUGGAAAUGAUUUAGAUGCUAGGCCUUGGGAUUUUCAAGGUGAGGAAUGCGCGUUGAGAGCAUCUGUAGACAGGUUUAAUAAUCGCCGAUAUACUACAAAUACAAAGGACGUUGAUUAUGAACCAGUAGAUAACUGCCUAAAUAGUGUAUUGGGUACUCAACAUGAACUCUCCGAGAGUUUUAAAAAGCACUACUAUCUUUGGUUGGAGCAAGAGGUGUAUAACGUUUCAAUUGACUGGGAUAAGCUAUUACUAAAUUGACUACUGUAAUAAUAAUAUUAAUUUAUUAUUAAUUUCAUGUAAUUCUUAUUUU